GAUAAUUCGAUUAUUUCAUCAUACCAAUAGCAAAUAAAUAAAAUGUAAGAUUUACAUAGAUUAAUUAAAAUUUUUUCGUAUACAAAAGGCUGUUGACAACGCCAAGAUGACUUCGCGCAAUCUAACCGAGGUGUUUGUUAUCAUGCGCAACAAUGCCAGCAAGAAUCGCAAUCAUUAUGACGAGCGGCGUGGCAGCGACUCGGAGCGUCUGUUGAAACAUUCAGUACGCGAGGCUGAAGAGGGACUCGAGAUGCAGGAUGAUUAUGCCACCCCACCCAUUUGGCUAGACAAAUUCGAGGAGGCGCAAUACACGAUGUCCAAAAUCAAACCAAAAUUGGAUGAGCUGGGCUCGCUGCAUGCCCGUCACCUGCUGCGCCCCACCUUCGAUGACCAAAAAGAUGACGAAUGUGAAAUCGAAGUGCUUAGCCAGAUUGUGGCCAAGCUGAUAGCAAGCACCCAUCGGCACAUACAAUGCGUCCGCUCUAGCCUGGGCGUUGGCAGCAAAGUGGAGCAGCGGCUCACGGCCAACGCGGUGCACUGUGCUCUCCUGCAGCUGCAGGAUCUGACGGUCAAAUUCCGCAGCAGCCAAAAUGCGUAUCUGCUGCAGCUCAACUCACGGGAGGAACGCUCCCAGAAAUACUUCGACAAUGCCAAUGAAUUCACCAAUGUCGAGCUGGGCAACUUCGGUGGCGAUGAGCCGCCCAACAACUUUGUGGACACCUUUGAUAAUUUUCUGCAGCCACUGGAUGGCGCUGGCAAGAGCCAGGCGAACGCGUAUCUCUUCGAGGACGACGAGCAGCAGAUUGAUGACAAUUUCAAGAAGCCAUUGACCAAUCGCAUGACACAGCAGCAGCUGCUGCUCUUCGAGGAGGAGAACACGCGGUUGGCACAGCACCGUGAGGAGGAGGUGACGAAAAUAGUAAAAUCCAUUUACGAUCUCAACGAUAUCUUCAAGGACUUGAGUCACAUGGUGCAGGAGCAGGGCACCGUGCUCGAUCGCAUCGACUACAAUGUGGAACAGACCCAGACGCGCGUCUCCGAGGGCAUGCGACAGCUCCAGCGUGCGGAAAUGUAUCAGCGCAAGAAUCGCAAAAUGUGCAUCAUUCUCGUUUUGGCCGCCGUCACCUUCGUCAUGCUCGUGCUGCUCAUUCUAACCAAGCUGUAAAGGAUUUGACCGACCCCAACGUCCAGCCAGCAAAUUAUUCCGUUAAAUUUUCUGUUUACCAUUUUCUUUUGUUAGUGCAGUCAUGUGUGUAUA